GGGAAUGCUUGCCAUGCAAACGAACGACUUCGUCCUCGCACGUAAAUGUAGGAGAGGAUUGCCAUCUUCGCGUUGUGGCUGGCGCCCUCGCAUUAGCCUGCAUCUGCUUGCCCCGAGGACAGUUGUCCUCCAUGUGGAGCACCAGAUGUGUCUCGGCGCUCGAGCUUGCCAAUGGACGAAACCUCCGAAUGCCUUGCCCGAGCCUCUGUCAAGAAGGAAUGCACGACUUCAGCGUAUCGUCGAUGAACUUUUCAGCUCGAUUUCUGCAGCAUCUGGCUGUGGUGAGAGAGAGAGACGGACAGAGUAUGCUUGAUCAGUCUCGCACAGAGAAGGAGCAGGAAGAAGAAGAAUGGAAGCUUGGGCUUCGAUCUUGUGUUUGCAAGGUCUAAGUUUAGUUGGCCUAUAUUGCACAUGGGUGAUCGUCGAGUGGAUUUGGAGGCCAUGGCGAUUGGUCACCUUCUGCCGAAACCAAGGGAUGAAUGGGUUUCGUUUUCUUCCCGUCGUAGGGCAGCUUCCUCAAGUUUCUAAGGUACUCAAUCACACUUCGGAAGGGUCUGGGCAUGAUUGGGAGGCACUGAGUACAGCGAGGAAGUGCGUUGAGACUCAUGGCAAAGUUUUCUACUUCAUGACUGGCAAAACUGUGAGAAUUUGUAUAACAGAUCCCAAUCUCAUCAAAGCAGUUUUGGACACCAAUGCGGAUAGCUACAGCAAGCCUUCAUUCAUCCACGUCCUUGACAUACUACGAACUGGAAUUUUCGCUUCCAGCGGAGACGUUUGGCUCCCACAGCGGCAGCUAUUCGGACGUUCGUUUACCUCGAAAGAAAUCAAGACUGAGAUAAGCUUGAUCACCGAAUGCACCCGAGCUGCCUUGAAGAGAUGGCUGCCAGAGAUCGACUCAGGAUCAGGCGAACUCUCGGUUUACAAAAGGGUAUCGGAACUUACUCUUGAUGUAAUUAAAGCGCUAGCUUUUGGGAUGGACCCUCCGGGUACUGAGGACAGAACAUCUUCAGAAGAAGCAGAAUCUUUCAACCGCUAUCUUCUAAACUGCAGAGGACUUGUGUUCGGUCGGCCUGCCUCGAUUCCUGGAUACAGGUAUCUCCCCACCCAGCUGAAUAAAGAAGUCCUGAAGGAUCAAACCUGGCUAACCGGGGUCAUCGAAGACCUCAUAAUAGCUAGAUCGAGUGAAUAUGUGGCCUCCUCAUCAGAAGGAAGAGAGCAUAAAGAUAUCUUGGACGUUUUGCUUACAACAACGGAGAUUAGUAGUCAGCAAUUGAGGGAUAAUGGUCUGACAUUCUUGCUAGCAGGCCAUCACACGACUGCAAGUCUCUUGAGUUGGACGAUGUACUUGCUUGCCCUCCACCCACUGUGGCAGGAAAGAGCGAGGGCAGAGGUUGAAGAAUUCUGCAGUGAUGGGAUAGUGGAAUGGAGCACGCUGAGUCACUUCAAAACCUUGACCAUGAUUCUUCAGGAAACAUUACGUCUCUUCCCUCCCAUUCCUCUUCUGGGAAGGCUAUGUGUGAAGGAAAACACAGUUGGUCCUUACGUCAUACCACAAGGAGUAGAAAUCAUGAUCCCCACUGCUGUGAUCCAUCGCGAUAGGGAGCUCUGGGGCGAUGAUGCAGAUCAAUUUCAACCGAUGAGAUUCGCCAAUGGACUGGGUAAAGCUUGCAAGCACAUAUUGGGCUACAUCCCAUUCGGAUCCGGACCUCGGACUUGCGUGGGACAAAAUCUGGCCUUAGCUGAAGCGAGAACUGUACUUGCAGCUAUUUUACCAGCAUUGAGUUGGAGUCUCGGACCAGGCUAUUUGCAUUCUCCAGACGUCUCUUUGACGUUACAACCCAAGUUCGACAUUCCAAUCAUCAUGAAGAGGCUGUCUUGAUGACAAGUCCAGUCCUUUGUGAAAAUGUACAAUAUGUAAAUUCAAGUGAUUGCCCGUCUUCCUUCGAGGUCCGCGUUGUGUUUUUGUCACUGACUCAAGUUUUUCAACAUGUUCGGAACGCCUCUUCAGGUUUUAAAGUGUAGGGUGGAUUGUAGUCGUCGGGCUUGCAUGAAUCCCCUGUCUCCCCUGUCUC